AUGCCAUACAAAAAGUUACAAGAAAAACUUGCAAAAUGGAAGAAAGUACUGAUGGAAGAAGGCUUCUUUAAAAAGGAAGCAUGUUUAAUUCCAAAAGACACAGCGCAGCCUAUUCCUUUAGAUCAAGGCGUAUACACCAUACUCGCUCUCCAUAGCCUUCUAUCCAUAGUAUUCAUAGUAUUCAUAGUGCAUAAUAUAAAGAAGCUCUUUUAUGCGCGUGCAAGGCGGAUUAAGCUAGAAGAAUUCGCAGAGAUCAAUAGAAAGCGCGAGGAGCUGAGAAGAAACUCUGCGCAAACCCAAGGCCCUUGCCACCAAUAG